AUGAAGUCUGCGCUCGUCCUGCUCGCCGCCGCGGCAUCUGUCUCCGCCCACUCGACAUGGCAGCAACUGUGGGUCGGCACAACCGACCAGGCAGGAAAGUGUGUUCGCACCGUCAAGGACAACAGCCCUAUCGAGAGCUUGACCUCGGCCGACAUGUUCUGCGGCCGUGGCCCAGCGAAGUCUGAUGGUCUCUGCGAAGUGGCUGCCGGCUCUCCCCUCACCGUAGAACUGCACGCCCAGCCCGGCGACCGCUCCUGCGCCAAUCCCGCCAUCGGCGGCGCGCACUACGGCCCCGUGCUGGUGUACAUGGCCAAGGUCGCGGACGCGAAGACGGCCACGACCGGCUCGUUCUUCAAGGUCGCCGAGGACGGCUACAAGGGCACGACGCCCACCUGGGGCACCGAGAUCCUCAACGCAAACUGCGGCAAGCGCGCCUUCACCGUCCCCAACAACAUCGCUGCUGGCAACUACCUCGUCCGCGCUGAGGUCCUGGCGCUGCACGCGGGUGCGGGGAACCCGCAGCCGUACGUCAGCUGCUUCCAGGUCAAGGUCACGGGGGGUGGUAGUGCGAAUCCGGCGGGUGUGAGCUUCCCUGGUGCUUACAAGAUCACCGACCCGAUCUUCUCAAAGGCCAUCUACGACUCUUCUUUCAAGUACGUUAGCCCUGGCCCGGCUGUGUACUCUGGUUAG